AUGGGUCAAUUACUUUCUAACAUGAUAAAGAACUUAUCCCUAUUCGAAAACAAACAAGCAAAAAUUCUCUUCUUAGGUUUGGAUGCAGCUGGUAAAACAUCAACACUGUACAAGAUUCAAUUAGAUGAGAAUGUCAAUACUAUACCUACUAUUGGUUUCAAUGCCGAAGUGAUUCAAUAUAAGAGAGUUCAAUUCAGAGUGUUUGAUAUUGGUGGUCAGGAUAAGAUUAGAACCUUAUGGAGACAUUAUUAUAAUGGAACAGAUGCUGUGAUAUUCAUUGUCGAUUCGAAUGAUAGAGAGAGAUUUGAAGAAGUUUCGGAAACAUUGCAUAAAGUAAUGGAAGAUCCAUCUCUAUCAAAUGCCAAGUUAUUGGUGUGGGCUAAUAAGCAAGAUUUACCAAGAGCUGCCAAUGUUACAGAUCUUGCCAAGAUUCUGCAAUUAAAUUCAAUCAAACAAGAUUGGUAUAUACAACCAUGUAGCGCAAUGAAUGGCACUGGUUUAUUUGAAGGUUUAGAUUGGUUAUCUAGCAAAUUGUAA